ACUUUAUAAAAACUGAUAUUUUAGGAUGUAUUCAGUUUCAACCUAGUUACGGAAUUACUCGUAAAGUUACUCAAAUGAAACUGUCUCGAUCUUGUAUUGCUUCAGCUUAUGAUAUUCGUCACCCUCCAGGGGUGAAUUUUGGUUCAAGUACAGGUGAAUACAUUGGUUUAACAAAGCAAUUGGUUAACCAUGUUCCUCUUCAUAAGUCACGAAAUAUAAAUUCUGGAACUGGUCUCAUUCAAAUAUACGACGAAGUGCCACAAAAACGAGAUCUGAGUUAUGGCAAUCAUAUUCCGGAUAAAGCAGCCUCAAACAAAAGUAUUGUAUAUACAAAUAUUCCUCAGAAUAUUCAUAGAAAAUUUAAAUUUCAAUAUUGCAAACUUGGUGGGUAGAUUUCAACAUGCUCUCAGGGUUACAUUGAGUGAAGUGUUUCACCUGAUAAUCAAUGAUCAUACUGCUCCACAGUCAAAAUGUAUUGGAAUUUCUAUGGAAUGAACAGGUCAUGGGAUACAUAAUAUAUGGUAGUAUCUAAGAUAUAUACUGUUAAAAAUUUUCAAAGUACAUCACAUGAACGAAUUAAUUCACAAAUACCUGUAAGAACAAAACAUUCUCAUACUAAAAUUCAUAGAAAUAAUAAAAGUAAUGAAAAUGAUCAUCAAUGGAUUUUUAAUCCAAUUCAUAAGAAACCACAACAUGAACUUGAUCAAAUGCCAAUGACCAAUAAUAUCAGUUAUCAUGAUUAUGCUUCAAAUAGAUUAAAUAUUGAAGUUCAUAAAUCUCGAUCAAAAACAAAACUUUUAGGAAAAAAUGAAAAACUAGACAUGGAAACUAGGGAGGAUAUAUUUACUAGAUCUGCUUCUGCACAUCCAAUUCUAAUGAAUACACCACAAUUACCACCGAAAAUUUAUAAAAGUGUACGAGCAAAGUAUUACCAACCGGAUGCUUCUCAACCGAUUACUAAUCAGUCAAAAUUAUCACUUAUCAGUUCGAAUGAACAUACUUCACCAUUGUACAGUCCAAUUAAUCAUAAAGUUUCAAAUCAAAUAUCUCCACAAAGGAAAGUGAAUCAAAUUGAUCAUUCUUCGUCUAUCAGUAAUUCUCAUUCACACGGUCAAGAUAUAAGUUUAAUCAAUGAUACCAAUCGUAAUCAUUCCGACCAAACUGUUUCACAUUAUGGCGCUCGUCGUAAACAUUGUCGCUUAAGAAAACACAAAGCAUUGGAUAGUAAUGAUAAACGAAAUUUCGAUAUGAAAUCAAUGAAAAGUUCCACAUCUGAUAAAAUACAUAGUAAUAAACUACGUAACGAUACAACUUCCAAUACAUCAUCUGGCUUUAGCAGUCAUAAUCUUAAUUCUACUGGAGUUAAUUCAACUGAUAACUUAAAUUCAGUCUAUGACAUUUCUAUAAAUCAAACAAUUAAUUCAAAUGAAAAUAUUAAUUUCGAGGAUAAACAAUCAGGAUAUUAUAAUACUUCUAGAAAUCUAAAUGAAAUGAAAAAGUUAAAAAUGAACAGUCAAAAAUUUCUUACUCUCUCAAAUCAAAUGGAUAGUACAUCACAAAAUAUCAAUGUAUCAGGAAUAUCAUCUAAAAUGAAAUAUCCAAUUUCAAAUGUAACUAUGAAAAAGUCAACUACAGAUAUUCAAUUAUCUAAUACAUACAAUAGAGAGAGAUUAAAUGAACAUCAAUCCAGAUCACAAUAUCCUAUUCAAUUGUAUUAUGAAAAUAACAAUACUACAAAUAAUAAUAGUUCUAUUCAUCAUAUUAAACAUGAUAGAAAUGAAAAUGUAGAUAAUUUAUUGAAUAAUGAUUAUGGAUAUAUAGAUAUAUUACCUGGUACAAACAGAAAAGCUUUACGACGAUCCAAUAGCUCCGGUAAUGCUUUAACAUUUCAUCCACAACAGUUAACUGUCAACAGAGUUAACAAUGAACAUGAUAACUAUUGUUUUACGAGUACACUACUUACAAAACAUUCACAAAUUCCACCAUUAGCAUUUAAGCAGGGAACUAAUAAUAAUGAGAUUAUCACUAAGACUAAUCAUAAUAAUAUUAUCGCUAUUAGUAACGAUCAUAAUUUUAGUAAUGAUAAUGGAUUUGAUACAAAAGCACUUUAUACAAAAUUAGAUAUUCAUCGAUUGAGAAAUAAUACUCUAUCACCAACCAAACAAUAUCCAUUGAAUCGAUCGAAUUUUCCUGUACAUCCAGCCGCAAAUCAACAUUUUAUCGAUCCAUUUCAAUCGAAUAAAAUGAUUGAUACUGUAUAUAAUGAAAAUUCAUUUUGCUUAUUAAACGCUGAAGAGUUUCGUAAUGAACUGGCGAAAAUUGUAACACCAGGUGAUCCAAGAGCUGAUUUACAUGAAAUAUGUCGAAUUGGUAAAGGGAGUACUGGUGUUGUUUAUUUAAUGCGUCAUUCACCUACUAAACAGUAUGUUGCUGUGAAGAAAAUGAAUAUAUUUAAACAACAAAGGCGUGAAUUACUUUUUAAUGAAGUAAUUAUUAUGCAAAGUUACCCUCAUCCAAAUAUUGUUGAAAUGUUUGGAUCCUAUUUAAUUGGUAAUGAAUUAUGGGUGGCUAUGGAAUAUUUAGAAGGUGGUGCACUAACCAAUAUUGUUACACGAACACUAAUGUCAGAGAAACAGAUAGCCACCAUCUGUCGUGACGUACUUCGAGCGUUGGCGUUUCUGCAUGACCAUGGUAUCAUUCAUAGAGAUAUCAAAUCUGAUUCUAUUUUAUUGUCAAUCAAUGGACGUGUAAAGCUUUCAGACUUUGGAUUUUGUGCAAGAGUCUCUCCUGAUCAACCUCGAAGGCGUAGUCUUGUAGGAACACCAUAUUGGAUGUCCCCUGAGGUGAUCAGUCGAUUACCUUAUAACACAUCUGUUGAUGUAUGGUCAAUGGGUGUUUUAUUAAUUGAAAUGGUUGAUGGCGAACCAACAUUUUUUAACGAACCACCAUUACACGCAAUGAGAAAUAUUCAAAGAGAUGCUAUUCCCCAUUUAAUGUAUCCUCACAAGUCAUCUAGGAAACUAAAUUCAUUUCUUGGACUAAUGUUAGUUCGUGAUCCAUUCAGAAGAGCAACAGCUGCUCAACUUUUAUUACAUCCAUUUCUAUUAUUAGCGGGUUCCAGUGAUUGCCUUCUACCAUUAUUAUAUCAUUCAAAUAUUGUUUCAUGAGAUUCAAGAUAAUAUAUAUGUGAAUCCCGAUAGAAACAUUUGGGUACAAUGCAAUAAUUAAAUCAAUAUGUUUUUCUUCUAAAUCAAAUGACAACUUUACAUGAAUCGAUAUGAAUGAAUAAAAUUGCAAUUUUCUUUUUUUUUUCAUCAAUGUGAAAUUAAGAGAUACUCUACUCAUUCUAUAAUGAUCUGUAUACUAAGAGUAAAUAAAAUGUAAAUCGAAAUUUCUAUAUCAUUGCAAUUCUUAGUACAACUACUGUCAUUUCCACAAAUUCUCUUAAAGAAAAUAUCGAAAUAUAUAUAUGUCAAAUUAUAACUUAUCUCUACAUUUAACUGUUAAUGAUACAGUUAUGUACAGCAUAAGCACACUGUAAUAGACUACAUUGUGUUAAUAAAUAAACUUAGCAUUUUGAUGGGAUAUUACCAAUCAAUGAUUCUUAUAACUUUCCGUUCGUUUUUUUUAUUUUUUUUAAAAAUAAAAAAAAUAAAAGAAGUACAAACUUAUUUACUAUGCUCAGUCUUUCAUGGUUUGGUUAUUCUCUUACUUUUUAUACAGUUUACCCUUUUCUUAUAUAUAUAUAUACACCUAUACUUUUUGGUUCUUUGUUCACCUUAUCAAAAUUACAAAAUAGAGAGAGAAAAAAAGUAUUGUUGAAUUUAUUUUUAAAGAUAAUGUUUUUUGUUUCUUGACUGUUUGUGUAUAUGUGUAGGUGAUUGGUUAAAAUUUGGCCGAUCAAAUGACUUGAUCAAUUUUUUUUAUCAUUUUUAUUUUAUGAAAACAGAUCUGGUGAUCUUUCAAAUGAUCAAACAAAAAAAGAAAAAGAUAAGAAUGAGUUGAUUUUUGUAAAAAACUUAUAUCAAUAUCAUAAAUACAUAAAUAUGCACAAUAUUAUUCUUUCUCGUUGUACAUAAUGAAUAUGUAUAUUUUACUAUGUUCAGAUUAUUGUCUAAAAUCACCGCACUCUUCUAUAUGCUGUUUUGUUUAUCUCUUUUCACUUAUUCUUUUUUUUCUUUCUCAAAUGUUGUUCUAUAAUGUCUUAUUUUUCUUUUUUUUUUAAAAAAAAAGUCUGUUUUUUCUGAAA